CCGGAGGAAGACCAAGGGCACCUCGAACGACCUCGACAAGCAAACCUGAGCAACCCAGGCAAACCGUUUACUUUUCCGACCUCUCUAGGUCAUUGUCUUCCGACUUCAAUGUACUGAACAAGUAAAAACAUGUAUGGCAGGACUAUGCCACGUUCGUGGGGAAAUUGCACCGCCCGCCAUUUGCCAAUUGUUUCUUGUCAGAAAGACGCGGAUUACAGGACACCGUGCACUAGUAUGCAUAAGGUGCCAUAUACGUUUCUAAACAACAUAAUCAUUACUGCAAAUACCAUAUUUGCGUACCCGCACGUUUCGCACCGCCUCCCCAACUUCUGCGUCUCUGCCAGACGCUCUAACUGGAGAUUUAGCAUAUCGCACUGCAUUUGAUAAGUAUCACUAUGCUCCGAUAUCGCGCGAGCGGGCUGCGCCCGCUCGCGCCGUUCGGUAACACCGGGCGCGCUACUUUCUUCGCAGCUCUCGUGCUCAUCGCGCGUGUGGCGCUGUCCCAAGAGGAGCGCCCAUGCCCCUUCAAGCAUGUCAACCAGGCACAAAACAUGUUUCCUUCGGGUCCCGGCGUGGCUGCUAACCUCCAGACGUGCAAGAGCUGCCGGCUUGACACAAACCGGUGCCGCUUGAAUUGCCGUGGCGGAUGCCUCCUGCCGGACGGUAGCGGCCGGGGCCCGGGCGUGGCGCUGUCGCUGCGUGAGUGCGACCCAGACACCCACCGCAUCGGCGUCACAGAUGACGGGCACAUGGUGUGCCAGGAUCUCACUGGGGAGCCGCCAGCAGCACCAGAGCAGGCGAGUGGGCUCCCGAGCCCAAGCCCCAGCCCUAGCCCCAGCCCCAGCCCCCGGCCACGCCGGAGUCCCAGCCCGAGCCCCAGCCCCAGCCCCUCUGAUGGGGACACCGUGAAUGUCACGAUCACAGGCACCAUCUCCGUGCUGAUGGGGCACCGCCACGGCGAGGGCGCAGCGCGGGAGGUCGGCAACUGGACGCUGCAGGAGGACGCGGGGGCGGCCAUUCCUCUGACGCUGGACUUUGGCGAGGGCGAGAACACGCUGGUGUCGGGUGACAGCGUGGCGCUGCAGGUGGAGGUGCCGGCCAGCGCCGUGCCGCCGGGCACUCGCCGCCUGCGCCGACUGAGUGAGCUGGCCCUGCCGCCCGGCGCCUCCCUGACCGUGGUGGGCACCCGUCAGACCGCCUCCGGCAGGGGCAAGGACUUCAUCGUGGGCCGCAAACCAGUCAACCUGACCACCGCCAUCUUCAGCUUCAGCUUCUGUGGCUGGAAGCCGGCCGUCACCCCCGACGUGGUCAAGGCACGCUUCUUUAACAAGUACGCGGCCGACCCGCUCCGGUCCGUAACUGUGGAGCGCACCUUCAACACCUGCACCUGGGGGCUGCUGCGCACGCCCGAGCCACUCAGCGUGGUGCUGCCUACAGAGGAAAUCCCCUGCAGUGGCACGCGGCCGGACGACAACAAGCCAACGGUGCAAAUCAAGUACGACCUGGGGCGACUGUGCGCCACCCCGGAGGUGGACACGCUCCGCUACUACGCCAAGCUCCUGGCCAACACCAAGUACAAGGACCGAGUGAACUGGAGCAGUCUGAAGCGCAUCGUCAUGAUUCUGCCCAACAUGCCGGCCUGCGGCUGGGCGGGUCUGGGCAACACCGGCUGCGCGCCCGGCACGCAGUGCAACAGCUGGCUGCAGGUGCCCGACGACGUCGACAUCCCCGUCAUGUUCCAGGAGAUGAUGCACAAUACAGGUCUGUACCACAGCGAGCGGCUGCUGGUUGACGGCUUCACCUCCGUGCCGUACGGCGAGGUGACCGACCCCAUGGGUCAGGCGAUCAACGACCCGGCCAUUCCCAACGGCCUCAUCUGCAGCAAUGCCGCGCAGGCCUGGAAGGCGGGCUGGGCCACUCCCAUUGAGCGCAACAUGACAGACAUGAUCCCGGGCCAGGCGGCCGAGUGGACGCUGCCCGCCCUUGGCGUCAGCGGCGGAUUGGAGGCUAUGCUGCGCAUUCGGCUGUACGACGACGGCCGCGCUUUUGAUGGAAACCCGCUACGACAGCGUGCCGUAUACGUGUCGUAUCGCGCCCGUACGCCGGCACCCGGGUAUGACAGCGGCCUGCCGGCGCAGUACAACCAGCGCGGCUACCUGCACCAGUUCGAUGGCGCGGCCGUGCCCCGCACCGACCCCUGGCUCACUCCCACGCGGCUGCUUGGGCUGCUAGACACGGCGCCCGACAACGCCAUCCAGGGGCUGGAGGCCGGCCCUCUGCCGGUGCGGCGCACGUGGAUCUACACCCCCCUGUCGUACGUCAACGCCACCGACCGCCCUGACCUGGCGCAGGCGGUGGGGCCGCUAGGCAGCCUGAACAUCACCAUCAAGGCCAAGGACACGACCAGCAUGGCCGUGUCCGUGUGUAGGUUCGUGGACACUCGCGAGUCAGGCAGCCAGUGCGUCGAUGGACAGGACAAUGACUGCGACGGCCUAGCGGAUGAAGAUGACCCCGACUGUGCUGACGAGUGGGCAACAGGCGACUUCAGUGACAAACCGUCGCCCCCGCCCCAGCGCAUUCGCUCACCACCUCCCUCCCCGCCCCCCGCCCCGCCCCCGCCCAAGAGCAAGCCGCCGCCGCCCACCGGGCGCAGCCGACCACCGCCCUCACCUCCGCCGCCCUCACCCUCGCCACCGUCGCCCUCUCCCCCGCGCCCGCCGCCGCCGAAGCGGAAAUCACCGCCGCCCGCGCGGUCAGCGGCGCCGCCGCCACCUCCUAAGAAGCGGGGUUAGGCAGUGACAAGGUGGAGUGUUAUAAAUAUCCAGCCUUUGAAGAGAACUGGCAAUGCGGAUGCAAUUAGGAUCGGGAGUCGCCGCAAACAUGCAUAUGACGUACGUUUGCGUUGUUGACGUGUCCUGUCGUGAGUACAUACGGACAUAGCCUUGGAUAUGCCGCGAUUGCGGUGUGAUGGUAUGGUACAACCUGUUUUGUGUGUGACGUGAUGCGGGUGCCAACAGCAAUGUGUGGCGGUGGAGGACAAGCUCCGCAUACCUAGGGCACAGGGCACGACGUGGCACGCGAACAGAGGGCUCGAAAGAACCACCGCCGAGUGCGGGAGGACACCCACAUCACCAAUGGAUUUAUGCAGAUCACGCAGGUGAUUCCAGCGAAGGAUUUUAGAUGACGUGUAUGGAUGCCUUUCGAGCAGCGGUGCUGCUACACCAGGCAACGGACGGACGGAAAACGGGAGGCCAUUUGGGCUCAGGUGUUCCGUCCCUAGCUAGAAAGGUUCGAGGAAAGGGGGUUGUCUGCAACAGUCGGCCAUACUAGACCACUCAUCUGCACUGCAAAGUGUAUCUCCUGGCGUGUUUUGAGGUGUGGCGUGCGCCCCGCCCAGUGGCCGCCCCUGUCAGGGUCAGGGGUUCCGUCCCUAGUGAGGUUGGGCGGUACUCAUGGCGCAUGUAAAGUGUGCGAGGA